AUGGCUGCUGAAAAAAUCUUGACCCCUGAAUCUCAAUUGAAGAAGUCUAAGGCUCAACAAAAGACUGCUGAACAAGUUGCUGCUGAAAGAGCUGCUCGUAAGGCCGCUAACAAGGAAAAGAGAGCUAUUAUCUUGGAAAGAAACGCUGCUUACCAAAAGGAAUACGAAACUGCUGAAAGAGCCGUUAUCCAAGCUAAGCGUGAUGCCAGAGCUACUGGUUCUUACUACGUUGAAGCUCAACAAAAGUUGGUCUUCGUUGUCAGAAUCAAGGGUAUCAACAAGAUCCCACCAAAGCCAAGAAAGGUUUUACAAUUAUUGAGAUUGACUCAAAUCAACUCUGGUACUUUCGUCAAGGUCACCAAGGCCACCGUCGAAUUGUUGAAGUUGAUUGAACCUUACGUUGCUUACGGUUACCCAUCUUACUCUACUGUCAGACAAUUAGUCUACAAGAGAGGUCACGGUAAGAUCAACAAGCAAAGAGUUGCUUUGUCCGACAACGCUAUCAUUGAAGCUAACUUGGGUAAGUACGGUAUCUUGUCCAUUGACGAUUUGAUCCACGAAUUGGUCACUGUUGGUCCACAUUUCAAGCAAGCUAACAACUUCUUGUGGCCAUUCAAGUUGUCCAACCCAUCCGGUGGUUGGGGUGUUCCAAGAAAGUUCAAGCACUUUAUCCAAGGUGGUUCUUUCGGUAACCGUGAAGAAUUCAUUAACAAGUUGGUUAAGUCCAUGAACUAA